CGAGGAGCCUGCGAUCAGCCCUCUCUCCUCGGAUGACAGGCGGCAGGAUAACAUGGAGUCGAGCAAGAUGGCGCCUCCCAAGAACGCUCCGAGAGAUGCCUUGGUGAUGGCACAAAUCCUGAAGGAUAUGGGAAUUACGGAGUAUGAACCAAGGGUUAUAAAUCAAAUGUUGGAAUUUGCUUUCCGAUAUGUGACUACAAUUCUGGAUGAUGCGAAAAUUUAUUCAAGCCAUGCUAAGAAACCUAAUGUUGAUGCAGAUGAUGUGAGACUGGCAAUCCAGUGUCGGGCUGAUCAGUCUUUUACUUCUCCUCCUCCAAGAGAUUUUUUACUGGAUAUUGCAAGGCAGAAAAAUCAAACCCCUUUACCACUGAUUAAGCCAUAUGCAGGACCCAGACUGCCACCCGACAGAUACUGCUUAACAGCUCCAAACUAUAGGCUGAAGUCCUUAAUUAAAAAGGGACCUAACCAAGGAAGACUAGUUCCACGGUUAAGUGUUGGUGCUGUUAGUAGCAGACCUUCCACUCCUACUAUAGCAACCCCACAAACAGCUUCUGUCCCAAGUAAAGUUGCACCUCCAGUGUCAGUGACAAGCCAAAGAUUUACAGUGCAGAUUCCACCUUCUCAGUCCACACCUGUCAAACCAGUUCCUGCAACGACUGCAGUUCAAAAUGUUCUGAUUAAUCCUUCAAUAAUUGGGCCCAAAAAUAUUCUUAUUACCACCAACAUGGUUUCAUCACAGAACACGGCCAACGAAUCAAACCCGUUGAAGAGAAAACAUGAAGAAGAUGAUGACAAUGAUACUAUGUAAGGAAUACAAUCAAGAUGUAUUUCAAACGUGUAGUUGGUUUGGAGCCCAGUAUACUGAACUAGAAUAUUCUUUAUCUUCUCAAGUUUUAUCUUAGAAAACUUAAAUGUAGCUGCAGUAUUUUUCACAUUGGCUUAAACUGUUAGAUGUCUUAAGCAUACCAGUGUUUUUUCAUUAGGCUCCAAGUAAAAAAGUAUUUGUUUCUUAAUACAUUAAUUCAUUAAUGUUAAAUUCCAUCAUGACAGUUUUUUACUUGGAAGCAGUUUUCUGCCAUGUUUCACUGACAGCAGCACUUAAGUUUCAAUUGCUACAGCCUGAUCAGUAAUCUUUAACAGCAUCAUUUCUAUCUACAUUUAAAUACUACUUUCUUUUCAAGGUAAAAUAGUCACAACUUUGGUUUUCACCAACUUUUUUUAACCAAAUCUCUAAAUUUAGGAAGCAUUUUUUUGGAAAAGAUGGAUUUAAAGGGAUUCUAAAUCCAUUUUAAGUGUAUUUGUUUCUUGUUGUUCUCUAACCUCCCACCUCAACCCUGUUUCUAGAUCCCAUUCAUUUUCUGUACUGCCUCUUCCCCAUAGGGUUGUUUCACCCAGUGCUCUUAGAAGGCCAAAACUGGAAUUUUCAAAGUGUAGUUCCUGAUAAUACAGUUCAGUGUCAUUUUCCUAUUUUUAAGACCUGCUUUUACAUGCCUGAUAUUCUGUGGUUCACUUUAACCCCGAAGGUUUGCCUUGCUGUUUUACUCUCCAUACCAGAACAGUUGAGUUUUACACCUUUCCUUUUAUGCUCCUUGAGCUUUAUUCUGCUUUUAACAGGUAGUUUUGGGGUCAGCUACAAUUUCGAUCUUAUAUUCCAAGUUGAUAACUCCACCAUAUUUCACAUUUCUAAAUUUAACAUAGAAGAUGCUGUAGCUUCAAAAUCUGCAUUGAGAAGUAUAUUUACACUGGACUUAGGCAAAAACCACUGAAGAGCAAGUUUUCUUCCUUUUUAUCACAUACAUAUAUGCUGUAAUUACUACUGCUUGAACCCUUCAAUUGGUAUAAUUCAUUUUUCUAGCUUGUUGCUGAGGUUAUCAUAUAUGAGAUGGGAUCAAACCUGAAAAUUCUCUAAUGGUUUUCCUUCCUCUAGAAGGCCAACAAUAAAAGCAAAUCAGUGUAAUGUGACUGGCACUUAGGUGUACCAGUAGGUUUCCCAGUAAUGUAAUGUUGCUGAACACUUUUCUCUUAUUUUCCAUUUAUACACAUUUAAACCUCUUAGUGGGAAAGACUGCAAAGCUUUCAAAAAUAUUAAAUAGGUUUGUUGUUUUUAAGUUUGACAUAUUCAACAUUGGAAUACUUUUGCAGAAUUUUCUAAA